AUGUCUUUCGGCUUCCUACGAUGGUACCACAGCAUAGAGAAGGCCAUCGAUCGAGCUGCGAGUGAGAACAUCAUCGUGUUCGCUUCUGCGUCGAACAGCGGUGCCAAUCGCAAGAUCGCCUUUCCUGCAUCAUACCCCCGAGUCAUCUGCAUCAACUCUGCCGACGGCAGUGGUGCAAGAUCAAGGUAUAAUUUUCCCCCGAGUCUACAAGUCACAACUUCUCCGUUCUCGGAGAAGCCGGUUCCUCGGCCUGGCCAACAGGGUUUGGAGAGGGCCCCGAGAAGCGUCGGUGGGAGUUGGCGAAACAGCUCAAGCUAG